UGAUCGCAUUAUCAAUUAAGCCUUAUGUUUCUUUUCUAAUUGAUUGGCAUUUAUAGUAUUGAAAUAAUCUCAGUUUAUUUGAGUUUUUUGAAAAAGUGUCAAUUUUUUCAUGAAAGUGCUACGACGUUAUAUUUAUUACACAUCUCAGUAACAAAGUGAUAAAACGAGAUAAGUCGACUUAUCUCUAAGUCUAGUUUUUGGACGAUAACUGCGAAUCUAAGAAAAAUAGCGAAAUUUUUGUAAUAAUAUUUAUUGUAGUGCUCGAUUCGCUUCACAAAAAUGGUCAUAAUGAAAAUUUUGCUAUAUUUCCUUGAUUUUAAGAUUGUCAUCGAAAACUAACCAAUAGUCAAAAGUCACUUAUCUCGUUUUGCCACUUCGCUACUGAUUUGUUUAUCCAGGGUAGCUGCCAACUCAUUUCCUGAACUAUUUUAUCGCUCGAGUGAUUAUUUAACCAACAGUAUUGGAUUAUGGAAAAAGAAAGCAGCGGCUAGUCAUGAAUAUUCGGGUCUUGGCCCCUGAUUUCCGCAUUGACCUGCACAAUUGAUUCAUUCGACGUUUAAUGUUCAGUGGGAAAAAAACAAAUAAUAGAAGAAUCAUCGAACAUGAUUGAAGAUCCACGCGAUGAGUAUUUGGCGGUUUGGGAGAUUGUUGUUUUGGUGGUGAUUUUCGUGAUUACAGUGAUUGGUAAUUUUUUAGUGUUAUUUGCACUUUACUUGAGAAGAUAUUGUGGUCGCAGACGUAAACUCACGAGGAUGUACUUUUUUAUAAUGCAUCUGAGCAUCGCCGAUCUCAUGACAGGAGUUUUGAAUGUCCUGCCACAACUUGUGUGGGAUAUAACUGGUGGAAGAUUUCAGGGGGGUGCAAUACUGUGCAAGAUAGUGAAGUUUGGACAGCCCCUUGGACAUUAUGCAAGCACCUACAUCUUGAUUGCGGGGGCUAUCGAUCGGUACCAUGCCAUCUGCUACCCAUUCCACUACUGCAGGACUACUCAUAGGCAGGCAAAGGUCAUGGUCUACGUUGCCUGGAGUAUUUCUAUGGCUCUUUGCAUUCCUCAGAUUUUCAUUUUCUCAUAUCAACAAAUUUCUCCUGGCAUUUGGGACUGUUGGGCUGACUUCGUUCCACGCUAUGGCCAAAAAGCCUACGUGACCUGGUACAGCAUAACAGUGUUACUGUUGCCCGUUUCAGUACUAGUGUACACUUACGUUAGUAUUUGCGUGGAAAUAUGGAAGAACACCGAAAUAACUGUGUUUGGACAAAGGGGCGAGGUCAAGAGAAUGGACUCAAGGGAAAAUAAUCGAGAACCGGUGAUUUCAAGGGCGAGGAUUAAGACUGUCAAACAAAUGAUCACUGUGGUCAGUCUUCAUGUUAUGACUAGUGCUCCAUUUGUCGGAUGCCAAUUAUGGGCUGCGUGGGAUCCUGAUGCUGCAAAAACAUCUUUUUACCAAGGCUCCGCCUUCACAAUUCUCACGCUACUCAGCAGUCUCACGAGCUGUGUGAAUCCCUGGAUCUACAUGGGAUUCAAUCGAGAAUUGCGAUCAACAUUAAAAAACUACAUUAAAAGACUGGUUCUGGGCCAAUCAAUGACAUUCGACAGUGAUUUCUCUCAUCAUUCAACAAAUUCUUCAACGAGAUCCACGAUAAUCGGAACGAUGAUGCGUUUCGCCAGCUCAAUGUACCGGGGGAAGACUUCUCGAGCGUCUGAUCCAGAACCAUUGAGGGAUCUCCAGGAGUCGCUAUAAUCUAAUGAUAAUUUAAUAUAAUUAACUGACCAUUGCUUUAAUCGAUUUGCAAUGCUUUUGAAUAAAAACGACAGAAAUACUUGUAGUAAAAUAAGGGUUUCCACUCAUUCGAGAGAUUAAUUUGGAUGAACGUUUACUAAUUAUGAAAAAAUUCACUUCAUCAUUCUGUUAAUGAAAAUAUGCAAAACGACUUUUUGUCUUUUGAACUUGUCAUCAAUGCAAAAACGAUGUUCUCGUAUUUCCGUGUGAAAUCAGGCAUUAAGAAGCUAUCGGAGCACUUAAUGAGUCCAUAAUUAUCCAUAAAAGAACAUCAAAACGAUCAUUUCAUUGAUAUUAUAUUAUUGAUAUUAUUAAUAUGUUCCAUUGCUAUUUCAUUGAUAUAUGAUUGUCAAUUUCUUUAGUUUAUCAUUGGAGAAAAGAGAAAAACUCUUAACCCAUAUGUUGAAGCUGAAAUUAUGGAUUUUUUCACGAUAUUUAGCGACCGUUAUAAAAAAAAAUUGAAAACUUAGUUUUGAACAAUAGCAGAACUUCCGUCACGAGCAAAAAUGAGUUUUUUGCAAAUUAAAAAAGAAUAAAUAAAUACAAUAGUCGACAUGACCUAAACAUAAACAAAAACUGUAAUUUAUAUCCGAUGAAACAUUUUUUAUAGAAAAAGAAAAUUAAAAAUAAAAGCAUUCUUACAAAACCAA